AUGCGACUUUAUGGAAUAUUUGGAAUAGUCCUGUGUGUCUGUGUUCUACUAAAGGAAAAUCAGUCCGGAGGGAAUGGAGACGGAAAUGGCAAUGAAAAAAGUGGAGGCAUUUUGUCCAGUUUAACUGGUUUACUCUUCGGUGGCAGUAACACGAACAAGGAUGGGAACGAUGUGGAAAAUGGAGAAAAUUCCCAAAGCGACAAUAACAACCAGCGAACUGGAGAAGACACUGGGGAGAAUGAAGAAAAUGGAAAUGAGGACGAGAGUGGGACUGAUGGUAGUACUGAUGGGGAAUCCACAAAAAACAGUUGCAUCUUGUGCAAAGACAAUGAUGAAACUGGAGAUGAUGCAGAAGCUGGUGAUGAUGGAGCCAAAGGGAAUGAAGCUGACAGCAAAAAUGAUGAGAGUCUGGGAAAAAAAAUAUUGAAGAGCGUUGAGAAUAGAUUAUUGAACAGGGAUGAUGGGGAUCAAGGGGAGAAUAAUAAUCAAAAGGAAGGAGAAUCAGAAAAUAGUGGGGUAAUAAAAAUGGCUGAAGCUGUUGGUAAAGUUCUCAUUGGGGAUAAGGACGAUGACUGCAUCCUUGAUUCCACUCUCGGAAAAAUAGUGACAGAAAGCAUGGGCGCCUCUGCGAUCAUUCCAAAACUAAUAAUAUGUAAAAAAUUGCUGUGAAAUCGGGAGGGAUUUCAUCUAGAUCAUGAGGGUUGCCCAUCAGAAUAACAACUCAAAAUAUAACCUCAAAUGACAAUAAAAAAUAUUACAAUUGAAAUAAUUAUUGCUUAAAAAUAUUACAGAUGAGAAUA